AUGUCCGGCAUACAAACUUACACUUCAGCGCCUCUCAAUUCUAACAAAGAAGAGGGAGGCGAAGACACUCAAGCAACCACCUCGCACCCCGAACCCGCCACCUCGAUCGAAGCUUCAACCACUGCAAACACACAGCCCCCCAAUACUUCAGCUACAGCUACGGCCCCUGCUUACUCUCCCAUAUACGCAACUGCCCAGUCUGGUGAAUCGUCUGCGCAACCAGGCGCAGCACCAAUUCUGCCUGAACCGACAGCAGCACCAGCGGCGCCGAACAAUCUGACCGCAACGCCGACAUCAACCCUCCCAACUACGAGUACAUCCUCUCUAUCACCCCCUCCACCACAGCCAGGCGCCACCCCAACACCAUCAGCUCCAACUGCGCAAUCUUCCGUCCCCCCGCCGCCAAAAGCAGGCGAAGCCGUUUCUCCCGCCAUGUUCACGGCACAAUCCACCGCACCAGCGCAAGCGCCAGCAACCCCAGCUGCAUUCACACAGUCCUACUCGUACCACCGCUCGCCGCCGCAUCAGUCAAUUCCAAACUCCACCUCCUCUCACUACGGAAACGUCUACAACGCGCCGUCCGGCGGCGGACCUUCUGGACAUGGACUCCCGCUUCAUGGUAGUAGUGGAGGCGGUGGCGGUGCAGGCGAAAUCUUCCCUGAUGACGAGCCGGGGUUUAUGAGUACGGCUAAGUCAUGGAUGCAGACUGCUGGGACGAAGUUGGCGGAGGUUGAGGCUGAGGUUUGGAAGCGGAUUAAUGAUGCGCAUGGGAAAUAA